AUGGUUCAGUACAGCUGGACAUGCCACGUGGAAAUCGAUUUGUGGGCAAGCUGGGCCCGGGACGAGCAGAUUCGUGGGAGUAGUGGCGCUCCAUAUCGAAGGAGCCGAAAGUGGGCUGUGCAGUCUACCUCCACAAUCAUCAAGAUUGUGUGCUGGACUCUGGAGGAACAUGCACAUUCAGCCAAGAGCGUGGAUAGUCCGCAUGCCUUCGACCUCAGUGGCUCUGUAGGACGUGAGGCUGGCACUGAAAGAGGAGUUGUAUACGUGACUGAAGCAUUACUUGCUAACCAUGGCAAAUCUCUCUUGAACCAAACUUCUUUUGUGAUCCAGAGUUUUGCAAAGAAGGGCAUCAGGACAUCCUUGCAAGCUCAGGUGGUGUCACAGGCGUCUUUUUGUAUAUUCUCUCUUUACGGCCCUAGCGGGAGAGCGGUGCGGAUGGAAUUGAUAGCGCCAGUUGGGGAUGAUGGGCGUGCAGCGACAGACCCUGAUGGUAGGUGGAUAGAUCUCCCUCCCAUCGCCAGGAGGAGGCGGAAAGUGUGGAUACGGGAAUGCUAUGAGGAUCUCUAUGCCGACAUGAGAGAGCUCGCAAGCCUGGGCAAGAGCUACAUCCACAUAUCAGGAAACCCUGGAAUCGGCAAGUCGUGCUUUCUGUGGUACGUCCUGAAACGGCUCCUCAGUGAAGAAGGGAUACCGGCCGUGAUAGUUCAGCUCGUCGAAAAAAAGAAGAAGAGGGUUUACAUCUUCAAACCGGAUGGGAGUUACGCGCCCAGUUCUAAAGAGGAUUACGAAAUCCCGGGGGCUUGGCUUCUCACGGAUCAGGAGUUUGUUGGGAACUUCGCUAGACAUACUGUGCUCUUUGCAUCACCGGAGGAGAGGAAUUGGGUGGACGCGCUCAAACUCAUCAAUGCGAGAGGCUUCUUUGCGCUCUACAUGCCUCCUUGGUCUGUCGAGGAGUUGCAGCAGGUUUACUUCUCGGCGCCCGAGAACGCAGAUAAGUCGCACAUCGACUUCUGGGCGACGUACUACAUAGCCGGGCCAAUCGUGAGGUACUACUUCAUGCCUUUGGAACUUGUAUACAACAUGAUAGGCAUGGCUGUGAACCAUGCUGUGAAAGUGGGAGAGCUCAACAUUUACCGUGCAUUAUUUUUGCCAGAGACCUCUGUUUCCUGGCCAAGUCUGGACUUUACCUGUGUGGAUCAUAUCUCCUUCACUUCGGAGUGGGUCGUAGAUUGUUUCGCCAUUGCAUGCUACAAGGGACAGAUCGAGGACUGGAUGGAGUGCACUCGGGCACUGCCUUCACUGCAGAGUGCAGCUUGGGUCUUGUUCGAACGCUAUGCUCACCACCGACUCUCGCAGGGUGGUCACUUCUGUAGCAUUGAUGAUGAUGCCAUUGGCCUGCAUUUGGAGAAGCGUGACGUGAAGUUCUUCUCAGGCAACAGUCUCAACCUGCAAGUAUCUGGCCUCCACUAUCUACAGCCUAGCAGCAUGUCGUUCCCUCCGAUAGACUCGCUGUACCCCCCACUCGUCCUUUUCCAUAUCUCGACUGCACUGAAGCAGAGAGCAAUGAACAAAAGCGACUACGACGCCUUGUGCUCUUCGCUGAUGGCGUUCAGAAGGGAGCAUCCUGACGUCCCGUCGGGCCUGCAAGGUGUGAAGGAGGAAGACCAAGUGUACGCCGUUUUAGUGAAGAUGGAGGGUGGCAAGUCUUUGGAUUCAGAACCCUUGUGUGUGGUGGAAGACGUUCCAGAUGAUCAGCCGCUGCAGCAGCAGUCGAAGAAGCGAGCGAGAAGUCCAGAGUGGAUCAAGAAAGAGGAGACGCCUGAGCGGAAGAAAAAGAGGACGUACCUGCCUUUCCAGAUGACGAUUGCUCUCAAGAUGCAGGAUCACGUUAACGGCUCGAUCAGCUGCUCGACCAUCGAGGAGAUCUUUGACAUUGUCCGUUCGAGGAUGGAUGGUACAUUUGAUACUGGAGGACUCAAGUUUGGGGACAUGAGCAGAAAAUCGGGGGAGGCGAAGUUCCCAACAGUGUUGAUGCGAGGAGGAAAGGGAAGCGUACAAUGCAAGGAGAUGGAAGACGGCGUGACUGUGUUUGGCGUAUCGAUCGAAGCCGUUCGGACCACAGUACACACUGAAUUGAAGGAGGAAACUGCUUUGAGUAUCAAGUGCACGGCUGGUAAGCUAGCUGGGAAAGAGUUGACAAUUUUUGUGAACGAGCGUCUUCGAACACAUGUGAUGUCUUCUCUGCCUGCUAUCCUCAACAUGGACACACAGAGGCUCGGAGUCUUGACUGUUCCUGGUAUUGUCUUCCAGUUUUCAUGGUCGGGUGACACAGCAGAUGUUCUCAUCAGAUCGAAACUGAGAACCUCGACGUUAAUUAAAUUCGUGUUCCCAAUAGGGAGAAGUUAAUUAUUUGGUGAAAAAUCAGUGAAUGUUUGCUUAAAAAAUG